AGAUGUCCUCGUAAGCCACGUACACUCAUAAGUCAUCAUAACUAGAUCAGAUAGAUUCUCUCUCUAUUUACCGAAGAAGAUUCCGCGGAGAGAGAGAGAGAGAGAGAGAGAGAGAGAGAAGGAAACAAGAAUGGCCACAGACUUCAAAUCCUUACCAGUCAUCGACAUCUCUCCUCUACUGCUCAAGUGUGAUGAUCCCGACAUGGCAGAGGAUCCUGGAGUCAUUGAGGUUGUCCAACAACUGGACCGAGCUUGUCGGGACGCUGGAUUCUUCUACGUGAUAGGACAUGGAGUCUCGGAGGAUCUUAUCAAGAAAGUCAGAGAGAUCACACGUGAGUUCUUCAUGCUUCCUUACGAAGAGAAACUUAAGAUCAAGAUGACUCCUGCUGCUGGAUACAGAGGAUAUCAGAGAAUUGGAGAAAAUGUAACCAAGGGAAAACCAGAUAUUCACGAAGCUAUUGACUGUUACAGAGAGUUUAAGCAAGGGAAGUAUGGUAAUAUAGGCAAAGCCAUGGAAGGGCCAAACCAGUGGCCAGAGAAUCCUCAUGAGUUCAAAGAGUUGAUGGAGGAGUAUCUAAGGCUCUGUACAGAUCUUUCAAGAAACAUAUUGAGGGGAAUUGCAUUAGCUCUUGGAGGAUCACCUUAUGAGUUUGAAGGAAAGAUUGCUGGAGAGCCUUUUUGGGUGAUGCGUCUUAUUGGCUAUCCUGGUGCUCCCUUCACCAAUGGCAAGCUCGAAAACGAUGUUGGAUGUGGAGCUCACACUGACUAUGGCUUGUUAACUCUUGUAAAUCAAGAUGAUGACAAAACUGCUCUCCAGGUGAGAAAUUUGGGAGGUGACUGGAUAUCAGCCAUUCCCAUCCCUGGUUCAUUUGUGUGCAACAUCGGCGACAUGUUAAAGAUACUUUCAAAUGGAGUAUAUGAAUCCACUCUUCAUAGAGUGAUCAAUAACUCUCCUCUAUACCGUGUCUGCGUUGCAUUCUUCUAUGAGACUAAUUUUGACGCGGUGGUGGAGCCAUUGGAUGUUUGUAAAAAUAAGUUCCCGGCAGUGAGAGGAGAAUCACAAGUUUUCAAAAGAGCUGUCUACGGAGAGCAUCUGGUGAGCAAAGUCCAGACCAACUUUGCAAUGUAAUGGAACAUAGAUCUCUCUUCCUCACCUUCAUUGUACACGAUCAUCAGUACUUCACCAUCAGGUUUGGCUUGUAAAUUAUAAUAAGGGCUUCCUCACGUCUGUAUUAUUAAUCAACAUAAAAGGUUUUGUUCAAAUUCGUUUGAGCAUACCCAGUCGACUCGUAAGUCAACUAAAUGGAUUAUGUGGGAGCCUCUAUCUUGUCUUUGAUUACCUUCUAUUCUAUC